AUGGCUGAAACGUUCCCCAAAAACAUCCGUCCUCUAAGUCGCUUCAUCACCACUCACGAUGAAGCUGGCAAAGCCAUCUUUUCCACAAGCGUCCCUGAAACGCUGCCCGUUCAGAGAAUAGAUGCUGGGGCUGAUUUCAGCCUAGCCUACACCACCUCCGAUUUUCCCGUUCAGCUAAGUGACGAGGCCGACGUGUCCAGCUACCAGAGCUACCUCACUGAUCCACCCGGCAUUGUCGUAUCAGGUGGCACAGUCUGCCGAAUCGUGGAUAUGCAGCCCGGUGCGCUGAGUCCAAUGCACCGAACUGUCUCUCUGGACUAUGGUGUUGUGCUGGAGGGUGAAGUCGAGCUUGUGCUGGACUCCGGUGAAGUGAGGCUGCUUAAGAGGGGGGAUGUUGCUGUGCAGCGUGGAACCAAUCAUGCUUGGCGAAAUGUUACUCCUGAUGCUGUCGUCGAUGGCAAGAAUGUUCCUCAAUGGGCCCGUAUGAUGUAUGUGCUUCAGCCCUCGAGCGAGAUUUUGGUGGAGGGGAAGCCUUUGAAGGAGGUUGUUGAUGGGAUUGGGGUUAGAGCGAGUACCUAA